UGGCUUUAAUUAAAGGCACAGUUUACAUUUUAAAAAUAGAUAUUGUUUUUACGGAAUUAUGUCGUUUUUACGAAGCAGCCAAGUGAUUUGUGCGUGAAUUUGUGCGGUGUACAACCAUUUACAUAAUAUUACUUAACAAUGAUGGAAAUCAAACUAAUAUCUUGUCCGCUAUGCUUAAAGCCACAUUUCGAUGGGGUUGAUACAUUAAGAUUAACCUUAAUCGCUGCAGCUACAUCUCAGAUCACCUGUCCAGUGUGCAAUGAGAGUCUCAUGGGAUUGGAUAAAUUGACGAUACAUUUGUUCAGUCAUAUAACCAGUAUUUCCAAAACUGUUCCUGAACCCGUGGUUGAAGCCAAAAAAGAAAUUCGUUGUGACAUUUGCAACUUUACAUUCUCGGAUGAAAAUAUUUUAGAUAUGCAUCAGAAACUCUUGCAUCAAACACAGGCCGAUAAGAAAACUGGAAUUUAUAAUUAUCAUUGUCACUUGUGCAGUAAGAAGUUUAAAAUGAGGGGAAGUUUGAUGGUGCAUCUGAGGGUGGCGCAUUAUGGCUUUGGGCAUAACGAUAACGGAUUGGAGAAAUUGGAAAAUUUAGUUUCCGAAGCAAAGAGUAAAAGGAGUUUAGAUGGUAAAGUCGAAGAAUCGAAGACAAGCGUAAAGCAAUGGUCUUGCGAUGUUUGCUCAAAAUUAUUUACAACCAAAUACUUUUUAAAGAAACAUAAACGAUUGCACACUGGGGAAAUGCCUUAUUUCUGUGCUCAAUGCAAUAAAUAUUUCACUUUUCAACAGUCAUAUCACAAGCACAUGCUCUAUCAUUCCUCAGAAAAGCCCCAUGUUUGUGCGGAAUGUGGAAGAGCAUUCAAAGAAUUAUCAACUUUACAUAAUCAUGAGCGAAUACAUUCUGGAGAAAGACCAUUCGCUUGCGAAACAUGUGGAAAAUGUUUCAGGCAAAGAGUUUCUUAUUUGGUUCACAAACGAAUUCACACUGGCGUAAUGCCAUACAAAUGUACAGCUUGCGAAAAGACAUUUCGUUAUAAAGUCAGCCAGAAAUCCCAUAAAUGCCCAAUGAAUCCACCUGGAUCAGUGGUGAAAACCAACGUACUCGAAUCAACGGAAGUAUCCAACGCAGAUACAAAUGGCAUUAUAAGUCCAAGCGUGAAUACAAUUGUUUUCAAUUCUAAUGGUGAAAUAGUUGGACAAAAUUUUGCUUUUGAUGGAAAAAGUCUGAUUACAUAUAAUGACAUUCGAGAAAACAAAGUCGUAGAUUCGGAGAAACCUUUUGGAACGCAAAACAAUAAUGCAGAUGUACUUUCAGAUGCACGGAAUGAAUCUGCAUUUCCAAUUGAAGCUAAUAAUCAAGACUUUUUUUCGAUGGUGAUGUCACCUCCUUUGCCAGAUGUCGAAUCUCUUUGUUUAUCGAAUUCGCCUAAAAGUAACAAACAAUCGUUGCACACAAUAAACGAAGAAUCCUUAAAAGAAUUACUUUAUGGUUUAUCAAAUAAUGUCGAAUGAAACGUUUGUAUUUCACAUUAUAUACAAUAAUUAAUAAACUACCUUA